GCAUCUCUCUUCCGCUUUCACGCCACCAACCGAUUACUGUUUUCGGGAGGAAAAAUCGCUGCGUUCCGCUAACAGCAAAACGGACGGUCGUUGGCUUCUGCUUCCGUCUGUCGCAGUUCAAUCGUACACAUCCUUUUACAUUAGAAUCGGUCGGAGGGUAAGAAGACUACCAAGAGUUGCAACUGUCAAUCGAGAGACUGAGCUAAAGGAAAAUGGGCAGCAUUGAAUGAGGGUAUUGAGUCUCUUUGGUAGCUGCAAUGGAUUUAUCUUCUCCCUUCUACCGCCACAUUCUGGGGCCAUGUUCACAUUUCCGGUUCUGCAUUUUGCUACUGCUCUUUCUACAUGACUGCAGGGGAGUGCUCUCUGAUUCCAAUUACUUGAUUGGGCUGGGAAGCUAUGACAUAACAGGACCUGCAGCAGAUGUCAACAUGAUGGGAUAUGCUAAUCCUGAACAAACUACAUCUGGAAUUCACUUUAGGCUGCGGGCCCGAACAUUUAUUGUGGCUAAGCCUCAGGGGAAACGGGUCCUAUUUGUUAAUCUCGAUGCAUGCAUGGCCUCACAAAUAAUCACAAUUAAAGUGCUUGAGAGACUGAAAGCAAGGUAUGGGGACCUAUAUAAUGAACGGAAUGUGGCAAUCAGUGGCAUUCACACACAUGCCGGGCCUGGGGGCUACCUUCAGUAUGUCAUAUAUAUCAUAACGUCUCUUGGAUUUGUACGCCAGUCGUUUGACGUAAUUGUCAAUGGCAUUGAGAAAAGCAUUAUACAAGCUCAUGAAAAUCUUCGUCCAGGAUCGAUUUUUGUUAAUCAAGGUGAGCUCCUAGAUGCUGGUAUAAACCGUAGUCCCAGUGCUUAUCUUAAUAAUCCUCCAGAGGAACAGAGCCAAUACAAGUACGACGUUGACAAGGAGAUGACUCUCUUGAAGUUUGUAGAUGAUGAGUGGGGGCCAGUAGGUAGUUUUAACUGGUUCCCAACUCACGGAACUUCCAUGAGCCGUACAAACUCAUUAAUAAGUGGUGACAACAAAGGCGCUGCGGCACGUUUUAUGGAGGACUGGUCUAAACAGAAUGGCUUUCUCGAAGGCAUUGAAGGCACACACCCUGAGGGAUCUGGCAUCGGCCAUAGUGAAAUGGAUGGGAUUCCUCGGCGAGUCUCAAACAUAAUCCCCAACAUGCAUGAUAACCAUGAUGAGAUGACCGAGCGUGCAGCCUCCUUCCAGGCUUCUGGUGGAAGGCCAGCAACAAGGUCCAUGAGUGUCCGUCGGCGUGUCAGGCGUGUUCUCGAGCAGAGUGGCCAACCAACAUUUGUAUCUGCGUUUUGUCAAUCAAAUUGUGGUGAUGUUAGCCCAAAUGUGUUUGGUGCAUUCUGCAUAGACACCGGGCUACCUUGUGAUUUCAACCACAGUACCUGUGGCGGAAAGAAUGAGUUGUGCUAUGGCCGUGGCCCAGGUUACCCAGAUGAAUUUGAAAGUACCCGCAUGAUCGGAGAGAGGCAAUUUAGGAAAGCCGUGGAACUGUUCAAAGAAGCAUCCGAACAGUUGAAGGGGGAGGUUGAUUAUCGUCACACGUAUUUGGAUCUCUCAAAUCUUAACGUCACAACCCCUUCAAGUGGAGAAGGUAAUGGUGCCGUCACAACAUGCCCUGCUGCCUUGGGGUUUGCUUUUGCUGCAGGGACCACUGAUGGUCCUGGAGCUUUUGAUUUCAAGCAAGGAGAUGACCAGGGUAAUCCAUUCUGGAGGUUGGUGCGGAACUUGCUAAAAUCACCUACUAAGGAACAAAUUUCUUGCCAACAUCCAAAGCCAAUUUUACUUGAUACGGGUGAAAUGAAAGAACCAUAUGACUGGGCGCCUUCAAUACUCCCAAUUCAAAUUCUUAGGAUUGGCCAGCUGGUUAUUCUCAGCGUACCUGGAGAGUUCACUACAAUGGCUGGUAGGCGUCUCCGUGAUGCUGUGAAAAUGGUACUUACUAAUGGAGGCAAUGGGGAAUUCGACAGCAAUGUUCAUGUCGUUAUUGCUGGGCUGACGAACACAUACUCCCAGUAUGUGACCACCUUUGAGGAGUACCAGAUCCAAAGAUAUGAGGGAGCCUCGACAUUGUUUGGUCCGCACACUCUCAGUGCCUACAUUCAGGAGUUCAAGAAGCUGGCAGCAGCUCUGAUCAGUGGCCUGAGCGUCGAACCAGGCCCACAGCCCCCAGACCUCUUGGACAAGCAACUAGGCUUCCUGGGGCCGGUGGUUGCAGACUCGACGCCAAUUGGCAUCAAGUUCGGAGAUGUCAGCGUUGAUGUUCCGAAGAAUGCUACUUUCAAGAGGGGCGAGAAUGUAAUGGUCACUUUCUGGUCUGCAUGCCCGAGGAACGAUCUCAUGACCGAGGGGACAUUUGCUCUUGUGGAGAUCCUACGUGACGGGACAUGGGCCUCGGCCUAUGAUGAUGAUGAUUUCUGUCUACUGUUCAAGUGGUCACGGCCAUGGAAACUGAGUACACGUAGCCAUGCAACUAUAGAGUGGAGGAUUCCUGAAUUGGCAGUUCCGGGCAUGUACCGGAUAAGGCAUUUCGGUGCAUCGAAAAGAUUGUUUGGGUCAAUUCGCCAUUUCACAGGUGUAUCAGGUACGUUCAAUGUGAUCUAGUGGGCCACACUUGUCUGUUAAUACAGUUAUGGUAUACAUGCUCUAGUCUCAAGUAUCAUGGUUGAUACGACCUGUAUUUCUGCUGUA